GUAUUUCUGUAUAUACAAAAUACUGUGGUUAUGUUGUCAUUAAUUUCCUCAGAGUUAAUUUCUGAUAUCAAGAAUUUGGAGCCAGGACUAUCAUAGCUGUUAUUUUUUUUAGAUAGGGGUGUUGUUAUUUUAUAUAAAAAAACGCAAUAAGUCAUGGAUAAUUGUUUUGAAAAUGUCAACAUGCCCACAUGUAUAUGGUUUACCACAGAUGACAAGAGAAAUGUCUAUGCCUCAAUGUUAGCAGGAUUUCUGUUUUUCACAGGAUGGUGGUUUUUAAUAGAUGCUACCAGCAUAUGUGGAAAUAUACUACCAGGGUAUCACAUGUGUGGAGUAUUGGGGACAAUAUCCCUAAUAAUGGUUAACUCCGUUUCAAAUGCUCAGCUGAGGGGAGACUACUAUGAUGGUGGCUGUUUAGGUUCUCAAGGAACCAAAAUCUGGUUGUUUUUGGGGUUCUUAUUGGGCUUUGCUUCCAUGAUUGCCUCCUGUGGAAUACUCUUCAAAGGCUUCACAAAAGGUUGCCAGUGGUCAGGCGUAGCUGUCGUACUUCAGAACGCUCUCAUUUUGAUCUCUUCUAUGGUUUACAAAUUUGUUAGAUCAGAAGAUAUAUGAGGACAGUUACACAGCUUUACAUAUGAAAUUGAAGACAAUAUUAGUGUUAAGUUUUCAACAGUUUUACUAAUCUUGAUGUAAUAAAACUCCUAAAAAUGUUGUAUUUUAUAUUGACAUAUUUCUGUGAUAAAUAGAAAAAACAUUCAGAUUCAUGACUUCA